UGACGGAAGUCCUGUGCUUGGUGACUUUAUCGAUUCACUCACUGCCAUGGCCUUCCUGCGCCGCUUCACGGCCCUGGCCGGAACUGCGCUGGUGGUGCAUUGGCGGCCGCGGUGGGCAGGUGGAGCCUCCUGCGGCUUUGCACACCUGGCGCGGCCUCACUUCGGCGCUGCUCAGGCGCGAGCUCAGGCCGCCGGCAAGGUGCCUCGAGCAGCAAAAGCCAAGGGCUUUGGGAAACGGCCGACCAAGACAGCACCUCCGAAGCUGAUCACGCCCAAAGGCUGCCGCUCGGUGAUGGUGACUGGAACUGACGGAGGCUCUUGGCAGGUCUUGAUUGGGAAGAGUGCCGCGGAGAACGACCGCUUGUCCUUGGAACAUGGUCAGAAACACGAGGUAUGGAUGCACGCGGCCUCCGUGCCGGGCUCGCACGUGGUGGUGCGGGCCACUGAGUCAUGGCAGGAGGCCUCGCAACCUCCCAGGGAUGUGGUCCAAACGGCCGCCGAGCUGUGCGCCUUCUAUUCCAAGGCCAAGAGUUCUCCCCAGGUCGAGGUGCACAUCACCACCUGUGGCCAAGUGAGCAAGUUGCCUGGCGCGCCUGCGGGGCAAGUUCUGCUGCGAGGGCGCUGGCGGUCAGCCACUGGGCAGGGCGCCUGUGGCGGAGCACCUGACGCAGGGACACACCUGACUGAGCUUGUUUCAGACCCAAAGGAUUGUCAGGCAUCCAAGACUCCAGACCAUCCAUUAAAUGAUACAAUAAGAACAAAUACCAGUAUAUAGGAAUAACAAUAUGUGUAUAUAUAUAUGGACUUCCAGGUGGAAGCGGAUCCUUUCCAAUGAGGAAGUGGGGUCCAUAUGCUUAUUAUAUAUAUAUAUAUACAAUGAAUGUGCAAACUUGGUAAUAUGUUUAUUGGAAAGCCUCGGACACAUUGAUUAUAUUUGGCAGUAAGUCGCUGUGUUCAGCUCUUGACAACCAUGACUCGGGUCAUUGAUCGAUUCAUGUCGCAUCCGGACUUGAAUUGAAGUGGACAAUCAUGGCAGGAAAAGCCCAUUCUCCGGGUCACUCACUCAAGAGGGCCGAUUCUGCAUUGACUUAGCGUUGGAUCCAACGAUAGGGGUGUCACCAAAAACUCGAACAUUUAGAUGAGAUCUUGAGGAGACCCUGGUCAGCAUACAACAUGAGAUGUAGAUAUGUAGAGCUGCAGGCAAUCAGGAGUCUUCUGCCACAUCUACACACUGCAGGCAUACAUGGACACUCAGGUCAUGAACCAUUCAUAAUGGUCCAUUACGGUAUACCGUCACCUUUGGAUCUAGAAACCCACAUUAGGUCCAAAUUACCCGAGCUACUCAACUCGGGGGUAGAUGUCCAAAUGAUGUCCAAAUUUGCAUAGACAACAGAUUUCAAUACCGAUAUGAAUCUGAGAUCAUUUGAGCCAUAUAUUUGCCAAUGCCUAUGUCAAAGACCAAACAUCCAAAUUCAUCAGAUCCAUUUCCCCAUGUCGUUUCCAAACCACACCCGUUGUGUCAACAACUCUGAAUCCUUCGUUUCUCCCCCGAACAGCGUGGGACGGUCCGUGGACGGUCCGACCAUCCGACCGCUCCCCCAGGUGAAGGUCACACCACGUGGCCCUGAGGGCCUGGCAUGACACGCCGGCCGUUCUCCAUUGCGGGACCGGGAGAGGGG